AUGAAGGCACUCAAGCGGGUGGGCCCUGCUUCUGGCGCAGCCGCAGCCGCUGCUCUUGCUGCAAGGCUCACCCGGCACAGGAGGGCGCCAUGCUCUUCCAAGGCAAUCAUGACGCUUGUCGAUGGACACUACCACAUCUACAAGAGCUUUUACGCCACCAAGCACAGCGGGCUCUGCAACCAGCGAGGCGAGCCGACAAAUAUUGUCCACAGCUUCAUGCAGCAGAUCGAGCGUAUCCACCGGGAGCUUGAGCCCUCGCACAUGGCAGUGCUCUUGGACAGUGCAACCUCGUCUUCGUCCCGACGAGACUUCUUGCCAGAGUACAAGAAAAACCGGAAGUGUCCCAAAGAGCUGCUUGAGCAAUUGCCGAAGGUCAUCAAGGCCUGCGAUGCCAUGGGGGUGCAGUGGCGGUGUCAUGAGGACUUCGAAGCCGAUGAUUUGAUUGCCUCUUACACGCGCCGAUUUGGUGCAUUUGGGUCCGGUUGUGAGGUGAAGAUCGUUUCUUGUGACAAGGACCUCCUCGAGCUGGUGGGCGACCAGGUGGAGUUGCUGGACACCCCUCGAGACCACCGUUCUGGUUUUGUCCGGAUGGACAGAAGUGAGGUCUGGAACAAGUGGGGCGUUCGACCGGACCAGAUCCCGGAUCUGCUAGCACUUAUGGGCGACUCUGCCGACAGCAUCCCCGGAAUACCGGGCAUCGGAGCCAAGAGAGCCGCAACACUGUUGCAACAGUGUGGCAGCCUAGAGACCAUUGUCAAGCGAGCGCAGGAGGGCACACUAACAGUGUCGGGCAUUUCCCCACGACUCUGUGGCAAGAUCUGCGAGCACGGCCCAAGGGCUCUGGAGUUGCUAAAGAACGUGGUACGGUUGAAGGACGCCUCCGUGGAGAAGGAGGAGCUCGACUGCUUCAAGGUGCCCGAGCGGGACGAUUCCUGGCGUGACCGCGUCAGCCUCUUCUGCGACUCCGAAGACAUGACAAAGCUGAAGGAGCGUUUCACCUCCAAAGGCCCAACUCGUGGUAAGAAGGGCGAAGGCGAAGAAGAGGCGUCCUGCAUCCCAUCCCGGUUGGACACCGGGAAGGUCCUCGAGGUCCGGACGCCCGACGAAGCCCGGGAGGCACUCGGGCGCCUGGAGCGGUACCCCGAAGCCACCUUCGCCGUGUUCUGCGUGGGGAGCGAGGAGCUUUCUGGCAACGUUUCAUGCCUUGCGAUCUACGGAGGUCCCUCCAUCGACCUGGGCCACGGCCGCACGAAAGUCUGGGUGGAUCUGUUGGACGCUUCCGAAGAGAUGCUUGGCUUGUGGCAGAGCUUUCUGGCAACCCCCCUGAAGAAGGUUUACCACGCGUAUGCGGACACGCAGCGUGGCUUGAGCCGGGGCAGCACGCCGAGCAUCCUGGGCAGAGGCGGCUUUGCUGCAGACGUAUCGCACCUUGCACUUCUCUGGGAACCCAGCUGGAACAACUCACUGCCAUGGCUGGCGGAGAAGUUGCUGGGCCCGACUUGGAAGCUGCAGCGACCUCAAGGUGAAGAGGGCAAGAAGAAGGUCCGUGACCUGCAGCAGGGCAGAUGUCGGAACGAUUGGGUCCAGUUGUGUGGAGACAGUGCGGCCGCCGUGUUUUUCCUCCACCAAGACCUGACGGCCAGGCUUGCAAAGCAGACAUGGGUGGCUCCCAAAGAGGUUCUGCCUGGAGCAACAGCUUCGAUGCUGGACUUCUACACGGAGCACUGGCAGCCGCUGGCUAUGCUGCUCUCGGACAUGGAGCUUCGCGGCGUUCCAGUCCACGGCGAGAGGCUCAAGGAUUUGAUCACGGAGAAGUCCACCGCCCAGGAGUUGCUCCACCGAGCCUUUUGCAGCUGGGCUGUCAGCAAAGGUUGCCUGAACGAGGCCUCGGCCUCUAUGGUGAGUUUGAACUCUAGCGAGCAAUUGGCCCAUUUGCUUUUCGGUUCUGGUGAAAGAGAGUUCGCCGGCCAGGGCACUGGCCCGGCAGGGGGCUCCCAGCUUCUUCCCGAAGCGGAGCUCUGGCCCAAGAGGCUUCCAGAGCUCAAGGAGCUUUGCAGAGAACGGGAUCUCAUGGUGAGCGGCAAGAAGAUUGAGCUCGUGCAGCGCCUUUGCGAUCCUCAGGCUCAAGCGCAAGGCAGGUCUCGGCGUUCCCGGCCGAGCCUAAAGAUUCGGGGUCUCUGCCUCGAACGGAGCACCGUCACUGGUGCGGCUCGCGCAGGCAGCGUGCAGCUGACCUCGCAAACGUUACAUGAGCUGGUGGAGUGGGAGCGCCAGUCGCCAACAGAAGCUGCAGAGCCUUUCCAAAGCUUGUUGUCUUGGCGGCAGCAUGAGGCUCAGCUGGGUUUCUUACGGCCCUUGCAAACUGCUUGCCGCGGGGGUCGGGUCCACCCACAGUUGAAACUGAACACGGCCACAGGCCGCCUUUACAGCAGGAGCCCGAAGUUGCGCCACGCGAUGCGAUCUGUGGUUUCGGCGCCUCCAGGAAAGCGUUUCUUGGUGGCGGGCUAUGGCCAGCUCGAGCUAAGGCUGGCGGCACAGUUAGCAGACUGCCCCGCCAUGAUUGACAUCCUUAUGCAUGAUGGCGACAUCCAUUCUAGAACGGCCUACCACAUGUUCGACGAGGUACGGGACAGCGUGGACGAAGCGAAGGUGGCUUUGGAGGGCGAUGUCCAGGGAGUGGCGACGGUGGAAGAUGUUUUCCCGGAGCUGCGCAGGCGCGCCAAGGCGUUGAAUCUCGCUUUGCUAUACGGUAAGACGGCUCAUUCGGUGGCCAACGACUGGGGUUUGAGCCAAGAAGAGGCCUCUGCCGUGAUUGAUCGUUGGUUUCGGACUUUUCCAGAGCUCGAGGCUUGGAUGAAGCAGUUGCACGAGAACGACCAAACUGCAACGUUGCUGGGGCGGCAGCGUCAGCUCGGCCGUUUGGAGGGGCGAUCCUUCAAAGGGUUGGGUCGGACACGACUCGUCUUCCCUGUGCAGGGCAGUGCCGCAGACGUGGUCUUGAGCGCCAUGGUAAAGGUGGAGCGCUCCAGCGUGCUUCAACAGCUUGGCUAUAACCUCGUGCUGCAGAUCCAGGGCGAGCUUUUGCUCGAAGGACCUGAGGAUCAUGCCGACGAGGCCUUGGCAGAGCUGGUGCGCCUCAUGGAGGACCCACUCCCGUUUGAGCUCAAAGUACCCCUGAAAGUGAAUGCCAGGCAUGCGCAAACCUGGAGUGAGGCAGGGGCUUGA